CACGCGUCAGAGCCACACACAGACACAGCACCACUCCCCAGCAUUCGUCACCCUAUCAUUCCCCUUCUUCUCACUCCUGUUCCACACUAACCUAAUGCCCAUUAUCCAAUAAUUACAUAUUACAAUAGCAACAAAGGUAAGUGAUUAUCUCCUACAUACCAUACCAUUCUCUUACCAUGGACCUCUCUUCUCACUCUCAAACCCAAAAUCACCAUCAACCUCAGCAGCUCCCGGAAACGGCCGUAUCCAAUCUAUCAGGAGUUUCACCAUUGAGGAAAGAAGUUGCGGGGGUGCAAAUUAAAGAGGCGGGUGGGCCCCACCUGGGCCAGCAACAGUCGAGCGCAUACUAUCCGGCAUUGAACCCAGCGGUCGGAGCUGCGGUGGUGGCUUUGUCAAAACUGGCACAGUUCUCGGGAACGAUGGAUGCAGCGGAGAGGGCGUUGGCCAGGUUGCAUGCCAUGGUUAGGCCGAGUCCAUUGCUUUCGUUGCAACAACUGCUAGUGGAAUGAGUAAGGAAGAAUGUUCUUUGAAUUUGGGAGGCACCACUUGUGUAGUCUUCAAGAAGUCUUUUGUUAUUUUGAAGUGAUGAAUAAUUUCUUUCCUCUGCACUUUAAAGUAAUAUCUCUUAACUCUAAGCUUUUCUUUCAAAUGCCACAUGUUACUCAAUGAGUGGGCCACAUAAAUUUUUAAGGUUUACUCUAACUUCUAUGCGUAGGUCAUACAUGGGUCUUACUUUUGACUAAGCUGACUGUACUAAAUGUUAUGACGUUACAAAGAUGACCUCUUUCAUUGUUAUCUUUAUAAUUACAUGACAAUUUUCAGUGAGUUUCAAGUCUUCUGAGUUUUUUGCUUAAGGUUUUGCAAACUAGUAACACUAAAUUGAUAAUGAUGAUUGGACACCAAUAUUUGAGUAGUUGGUAAAGAUUCAAUAUGUCAACCACAAUUAGAAGUUAGAGAGAGGUUUUUUUUUUUUUCAGUUGAAGCACGUAGUGUUAAGUGUGAACUUCUUUAGUUGAUUGGCAUUGGCUUGGUGGCUGCCAUUUUAAUCUGGUUAAGCAACUAUGUAGCAUAAGUAAAUGUGAAAGUUAAAAUAUGUGUAGUGCUAGCCUUUCAAUUGGACUGAGUUGAGCUUUUUCAAUUGGAAAUGAUCUGUGAUAUGAACUCAGCAUAAAUAGGAUGAGCUUAUUCAAUAUGUCAGCAUUAUUCUUCAUUUUAUUCCCUCUUGGUUGUAGGACUCUUUAUUGAUAUCUUACUCUCUGUAUGAGUUAAUUUCUAAUUUAAGAACGACUUUCCAGUACAUGUUCAACCCAUUGUUGUGUGUCUUUAUUUAUGUAUUUUUGUAUGUUUCUCUAGAUUUAAACCAUGUGCCUGCUGGAGCUUUUAAUACUCUUACAAAAAUUUUGAAACCUAUUUUGUAGGAUAGUCAGUUUCCCUGCAAGGG